GUGGGUGUGCCUGACACACCCCUACUUGUCUUCUUAGCUUGCAGCAGAAACAUGAAAAUAUUAGUUGCUGGUGAUAUAAAUGGAAUGAUUAAACCUUUUUUUUCAAGAGUACAGACGAUAUUGAGGACGUCUGGAGAUUUUGAUGCCUUAUUUUGUGUUGGCUCAUUUUUUGCUGAUACUCCAGACUGCAAUCAGCAUUGGGAGGAUGUCAAAGAAGGCCUGAGAGCUGUUCCACUGCCAAUUUACAUUCUGGGUCCGAGCAAUGCUGAUUGUGAAAAAUUUUAUGAAGGCAUCACAUUUGAUGGAGGAGAACUAGCUGAAAAUAUAACCUGUUUAGGUCACAGAGGCGUAUUUAAGACAGUGGAAGGACUACAGGUGGCAUAUUUGAGUGGACGAUACGAUAAAAACGAAUAUCAAAAGAAACACGAAAAUAAAGACACACUUCCAUGUUUCUUCAGACAAGAGGACAUUUUUGCAUUAUAUCAAACUGCAAAUGCUCAGGACUUUAGCGGAGUUGAUCUUCUAUUGACAUCAGAAUGGCCUCAAGGCGUCACCAACCACACACAACCACCUGAAUGGCUUAAUGACGUUCGUUCUGGCUCAAUUUCAAUCUCAAAACUAGCAAGCUCCUUAUGUCCUCGGUAUCAUUUUGCCGCUGGACUGGAGAUUUUCUUUCAGAGACCUCCUUAUAGGAAUGAGAGAGCUGGCAAAAGAAUGCAUGGAACACGCUUCUUCGGACUAGCUAAUAUUGAUAAUACAAAUAAGAAAAAUAGAUAUUUAUAUGCAUUUUCCAUCACUCCUAUGUGUGAGAUGAGCUCAGAAGAACUUUUGAAGCCCCCAGAUAACAUCACAGACUCUCCUUAUACAGAUUUAGCUAAACGGCCACCGAUUUCAGCUCGUGAGAGUGGCAGUGGGAGUGGUCUAGCUUCAAAUUAUUUUUAUGAUGUUAAAGAGAUACAAGAGACCAGAAAACAGCAGCAAAGAGAACAGGAUCGACUAGUAAGACAAUUUGAUCCUUCUCUGCCUCCCGCAAAGAGACGAGCCGUUCAGCCUCAAGGUCCCUGCUGGUUCUGUCUCAGUGGCCCUGAAGUUGAGAAGCACCUCAUUGUGUCCAUUGGGAAUGAUUCAUAUCUUGCCCUCAGCAAAGGAGGACUGGUUGAUGAACAUGUACUUAUAUUACCAAUCGGUCAUUAUCCUUCAUCCAUUGAUGCUCCUCAGGAAGUAAUUGAAGAAAUCGAUAAAUUCAAAGUUGCUCUCAGGAAAUACUUUAGCUCUAAGAAUCAGACUUGUGUCAUGUUUGAGCGUAAUUUCCGAUCACAGCAUCUACAGAUACAGGUGGUUCCUCUUCCUAAGGAAAUGGAGUCUGACGACCUGAGGCAAGCAUUUAUUGACUCAGGGAAAGCUCAUAAGCUGGAGUUUGCUGAAAUAGAAAGAGGAAGCGACAUCAACAAGAUGGUUCCUUCAGGGGCUCCGUAUUUCAUGGCUGAGUUCUUCACAGGUCCAAGUCUAUUUGCUAGAAUUAAAGGAGGAUUCUUUCCUAUACAGUUUGGAAGAGAAGUGUUGGCGUCUCCAUUGAUACUAAAUGUCCCUCAUAAAGUGAACUGGAAGAACUGUGCUCUUGGCAAAGAAAUAGAAACAAAGAUAACUCUGAGAUUCAGGGAUAAAUUCCAACCAUUCGACUUUACUGCUGAUGAUGAUGACGAUUAGCUAUUUAACUCCUUUAUCAUUGUUAUUACUUUUAUUUGUCAUUAUUUCAUUCCAGGUGAAUUUUUUGUGUCAUCUCUUCAAUAGAUAUUUUACUC